AUGUCCAAGCAGUUCCUUCAGACUUUUCGAUUUUCUAGCUCCAGAAGCAUUCUUGCACCUACACUUCGAUUUACAAGCCCUCUCCUCAAGAACUCUUGCAUCAUAACAGCAAACCAACUUCGAACCUUUCAAUCGAGUGUUCCAAAAGACUUCCAAUACACCACAUACAAGAUGUCAGGCACACAACCAUCCAGCGGCGGAGAGCAGCGAAACUUCUCUCGCAAUGCUCUAUUCGAUCUUUCGGGCAAGGUUGCUCUCGUAACAGGUGGUGGUUCUGGAAUUGGUCUAAUGGCUACCCAAGCUCUUUCUGUCAACGGAGCGAAGGUCUACAUCACCGGCCGCACAAAGGAGAAGCUCGAUCGUGUCGUUGAGAAAUACGGCAAGGAUAUUGCUGGCGAGAUCAUCCCCAUCCAGGCAGAUAUUAGUAACAAGGAGGGCAUCCAGAAGCUCUACGAGGAGUACUCAUCCCGAGAGGACUGCCUAUGCAUCCUGGUCAACAAUGCCGGUAUUUCCAGCAAUUCUUUCCAGGUCGAGGCCGACUCCGCACAGGAGAUGCGCCAGAACCUCUUCGAGAACAAGGACGCUACUUUCGAGGACUGGAACACGACAUACAACACAAACGUCACUGGUCUCUACUUCACAACUGCCGCCUUCCUCCCUCUCCUGCAGAAGAGUAGCGAGAAGCACGAGGGCUGGAGCUCAACCGUUAUCAACAUCAGCUCGAUUAGCGGGUUGAUUCAGAAGUCUCAGAACCACUUCUCCUACAACGCUUCCAAGGGUGCCGCUGUUCACCUCACACGCAUGCUCGCUGCCGAGAUCGCUAGCAACAAGCUCAAGAUCCGUGUCAAUGGUAUCGCUCCUGGUGUCUUCCCCUCUGAGAUGACCACCAAUGAGAGCGACGAGAACCAGAAGAGCUUCAUCCCCAAGGAGAAGUAUGCCGAGAAGGUUCCCGCUGGUCGGGCCGGAAAGGAUCAAGACAUGGCCGCUACUGUGCUGUUCUUUGCUACAAACCAGUAUCUGGUCGGACAGACAGUUGCUAUUGACGGCGGUUACACCAUUGCCGCCGGCCAGUAA